AUGGGCAGGAACAGUGGCUCAGAGAAGAUACAGAUCAGUGAAGACAUCAACCCUAAAGGAAUACUGAGGAUACUGGGAGGGAUGAAUAUAGUGCACACUGAAGACAACAAAGUUAGCUAUUUCAGAAGAAUAAUCAAUGGAGGAAAGAAAAAGUGA